CGCACAAAGCUGCGCCGCCAUCUGUUCGCUCUCGCCACCACCACCCAGCGCCAUUUCCAUCCAGCGAUUCAAGCACAAGGAUUUGCCAGGGAGUGGAGGCUUCGGGAGGGGAAGGCAAGCGGAGGGGAGUUGAAGAUGCAGAUCUUCGUGAAGACGGGGGGGAGCGUGACGGGGGGGAAUACCAUCACCCUCGAGGUCGAGAGCAGCGACACCGUCGCCAGCGUCAAGGCCAAGAUCCAGGACAGGGAAGGUAUCCCGCCGGACCUGCAGCGCCUCAUCUUCGCGGGGAGGCAGCUUGAGGAUGGCCGCACGCUGGCCGACUACAACAUCCAGAAGGCGUCGACACUUCACCUGUUGCUUCGCCUACUCGGCGGCUACGUAUACGAGGCCUCGCUCAGGGUCCUCGCCUACAAGCACAAUAUCCACAAGAUGAUCUGCCGCAAGUGCUAUGCAACUCUGCCUCCCAGGGCUACGAAUUGCCGCAAGAAGUGUGGCCACAGCAGUCAGCUGAGGCCAAAGAAGGUGAGGUGGCCCAGGUACUUCAACUUCUGAAGCGUCAUCUCAUCCUUCAGUAUCAUCAGAGUUAUACCAGCGAUCAAGCGUUAUCAAAGCUAAACUUACUACUGGACGUCGAAAGUAGAUGACUACUUAGACUACCUGUUACUUUGUUGAUGGCAUGGCUAGUUAAAUAAUGUUGAUAGUAUCAAAGUAUGGCAGCUUAAUGAGCACUUGUUACCUACUUCAUCUGCUAGCCGUUUCCUUUCCAACCAUGCAAGUUUGCUGGAUGUUGAAUACUGAGUAAACCUUUUGGGUACGGCUGAGCCAUUCGUUACUCAAUUUUCAUGCAUUGGAAACUGUCGGUUGGUCUUUCUCGCCGGGCGAAUUGCGAUUGGGUCUUACAUGUUCUUUGGUUCAGCUUUAUAUGACAAACAUGUGAGAGGUCAUGCUGCUUCCCUGCAAUUAGCAUCCUGCAAGGAGAGCAAAUUCCAGCAGUUCUGCCUCCGAACUGGAAGUACUUGCUUCCACUGAUUUGUGUUGCUUCUUUUCCGCAAAUGAAUCUGCCAAUUUAAUGAUUCUUAACAUAUUGUCAACCCAGCAAGGCCGGCCUGUAUCGGCUAAGAGUAGGGUGGUGUUCAUGU